AUGAUGGAUACAGAGACUGGAGGACAAGAUUCAGCCAUCACUUCCAAUAAUGAGGAAUCAAACACCGCCAAAGAUGUGUCUAUGGUUGAUGUGAGUAAAGCUAAUGGUGAAGGCUUUGCACCUACAAAUAAUGAAGCCGGCGAAGAAGCACAAGUACAAGCACAACCACAAGCACAAGCACAAGCACAACCACCACAACAACAACAAUCUCAACAACAACAACAACAACAACAGCAAGAACCCACACAACCAGUAAGAAGAAAAUCAACUUUGAUUCUCACUGAUGAAGCUGAAUCUGACCAGAUGAAUAUCGACAGAAAAGAACCUGAUCAAGAGGGAAGUGGAGGUGAUGCUGGUGUUGGUGGUGAUGAUGCUAUACAAGAUGAAGAUAAAAUGCAUAUUGACAAUUCGUCAUCAAAUCUACAAGGAAAACAAGGGGCACAAGAAAGACGCCCAUCGCAAUCUCAACAACAACAACAACAACAACAACAACAGCCUCCUACCUCUACAGCUCAGCCACAGGCACCACCACCAGAAAAGGCAAUCACAGUACCAGUAGAUAUCCAAUGGGUACAAAGUGGUGAAAAAGUGUAUGUCACUGGUUCAUUCACUGGAUGGAGAAAAAUGAUUGGUUUAGUUAAACAGCCAGAUGGGAAUUUCAUGAUAACAUUGGGGUUACCAGUGGGGACGCAUCGUUUUAGAUUUGUUGUUGAUAAUGAAUUACGAUUUUCUGAUUUCUUACCAACAGCUACUGAUCAAAUGGGUAAUUUUGUCAAUUAUGUUGAAAUUACACCAGAAAAUGUACAACAACAUUUGCAAGAACAAUAUGGAAUGCAAGAAGAUCAACAACCAUACACUGAAGGAGAAACGCAACAACAAGCGCAACAACAAUUGCAACAGCAAGAUCAACAACAACAACAACAACAAGAUCAACAACAACAACAACAACAGCAACAACAACAACAACAACAACCAUGGCAGCCAGAUAGACGCAGAUCAGUGUCGUCAUCCAUAUCUAGUCGAAGGUCCUCCACUUCACGAUCGAGGACCGAUUCAAUGUGGCGUCUCACCAAUGAUGACGACGAUAUGGGUAAUGGAUACUCUAGAUAUCAUGAUAACGAAGAAGAUGAAGCCAAUGGAUUAGGAGGAGCCAACAAGAUAUUGGAAUACAUUAAUGAUAUCCCCCCCAUUUUCACUGACCCCAAAGUAAUGGAACAAUAUUAUGUUGCCAUUGACAAGCAAUCACGAUCAAAUAGUAAUCAACAACAAGCAUGGUUACACCCACCACAAUUACCACCACAUUUAGAAAGUGUCAUUUUGAACAAUUUUAACAAUAGCAAUGAUAAUAACUCAGGAGCAUUGCCUAUACCUAAUCACGUUGUUUUGAAUCAUUUGGCAACAACUUCAAUAAAGCAUAAUACAUUGGCGGUUGCUUCAAUUGUACGAUACAAACGCAAAUAUGUAACUCAAGUAUUGUAUGCACCAUUGUAA